AUGACCGAGAAUGGCGUGAACAUUGUUGCUGCUCAAGAUUUUAAACAAGCAGCAAUAAUUUAUGAACAAGCUCGAUCAUCAUAUCCGAAUGAAGUUAUUGAUUUAAUUAAGUCACUUUAUAAUAAACAAAAUAUAAUUAUUGAUAUUGGUGCUGGUACAGGAAAACUAACACGUUUAUUAGCUCCAAUUGAUGCUCAAGAAAUAAUUGCUAUUGAACCAAUAUCAACAAUGCGUGAAAAUCUUAAACACAUUCCUUUAAUCACUAGAAUAAUUGCUGGAGCAGCUGAAAAUAUAUCGUUUGAAGAUAAUACAAUUGAUAUAAUUCUAUGUGGACAAGCAUUCCAUUGGUUUGCAAAUUAUCGUGCACUUACUGAAUUAAAUCGUGUAUUAAAAUCAAAGGGCUUACUUAUAUUUAUUUGGAAUUUAGCAGAUAAUCGAGAAAGAUCAUAG